AUGGAAAAAGAAGAUGUUGAAGCUGAAAUGCGGAGGCUAAAGAUGGAGCUGAAGCAAACAAUGGAUAUGUACAGUACGGCCUGCAAAGAAGCACUCACAGCAAAACAGAAGGCAGUGGAACUUGAACGCUGGAAAAUGGAAGAACAAAAGAAACUAGAAGAGGCAAGACUAGCGGAGGGAGCAGCACUGGCAAUUAUAGAAAGGGAAAAAGCAAAAUCCAGAGCAGCAAUUGAGGCAGCAGAAGCUUCUAGGAGGAUUGCAGAAAUGGAAGCACAAAAAAGAAUCAAUGCAGAGAUGAAAGCACUCAAGGAAGCAAAAGAGAAGAACAAGAUGCUAAACAAGCUGACACAAUCAGACUUCAGUUUACAAGUGUUACCUGACCACACUCAAGUUGCAGUGAAGGUUCUCCGACCAGAUGCAGCUCAGGGAAGAUCCCAAUUCCAGCAGGAGGUGGAAGUGCUGAGCUGUAUAAGACAUCCCCACAUGGUUCUCCUCUUGGGAGCAUGCCCAGAGUAUGGGUGCCUAGUCUAUGAGUACAUGUCCAAUGGAAGCCUGGAAGACUGCCUCUUUCCGCGACCAAACUCCAGUACUCCCCCUCUCUCCUGGCAACAGCGUUUCCGCAUUGCUGCAGAAAUUGGCACUGGCCUUCUCUUCCUCACCAAAACAAACCAGAGCCUCUUGUGCACCGUGAUCUCAAACCUGCCAACAUCUUGCUGGACCGAAACUUCGUGGCCAAGAUCAGUGAUGUCGGGUUGGCCCGGCUUCGUCACCCAGUAUCGAAUGACGUCUACGGCCGGGACUUUUUGCUACAUAGACCCUGAGUAUCAACAGACAGGAAUGCUGGGUGUGAAAUCGGACAUAUACUCGCUUGGGAUCAUGUAUCUGCAGCUGAUAACGGGCAAGCCACCCAUGGGUCUGACCCACCACGUUGAGCGGGCCAUCGAGAAGGGCACUUUUUGGGAGAUGCUGGACCCAGUUGUGCCUGAUUGGCCUGUUGAAGAGGCCUUGUCAUUUGCCAAGUUGUCCCUCAUGUGUGCAGAGCUGAGACGGAAGGACCGACCCGAUCUUGCCAAGGUUGUUAUGCCGGAGCUGGAGAGGUUGAGAACACUUGCUGAAGAAAGCUUAAUUGGUGGUUUUGAUGGUGGCAUUGCCUCCCUCGCUAAUUUCAGCCAGGGAUCAAAAUUUUCUCUAGUUGUGACUGAACUAGAGAAGUCUGCUGUAACUUAA